CUGACUAAUUACUUGUUUAUAUCUCAUAAAGCUCUGAGCAUAUUAUAAAAGGUGACCUUUACUUUUAAUUUUAUGUUGCAUGUCUUUUUUACCGUUACUUGACAGUGCACCUCCCGUUAUUUAAACCGUGAAUCCGUGAUUGAGAGAGUGCGCGAGACUGUGGAGUCUGUGGGCGGCGCGUGAACGCGGCGUCUCUCCUCUCGCGCGCUGUGAUCGUACAGUGAAUGAAGCUCUAGCGUGGGAAAGACGAACAGGAUACGCGAAACACUGACAUGGCUCCACUGUAACAUCACUGGAAUAGCUGUUACUGUGUUUUCAAUAGAUCAGAUCUCCAAUCAACGUCUAACUCGAGCGCGUUAAAAGCCUGAAGACGAUGCGUUUGAUCACAGCCAAAUCACAUCUGUUCAUCGCGCAGCUGUGGCUCAUCUGUCACACAGAUCUGGCUGUGUCGUACCUGAGAGGUCAGCGCAAAUUCGCUGAGGACGUUGACUGGUCUUACACAGGGUCCCUGAACCAGGAGCACUGGGCAAAGAAAUAUCCAGUGUGUGGCAAUGCCAGACAGUCUCCCAUUGACAUCAGUGAGGAGUUCACACAGGUCAGGGUUCAGUACCAGAACCUGCAGCUAGAGAACUGGGACCAACCAACCACCGAAUCCACCACCAUCACCAACGACGGCAAAACAGUGGUAAUCAGUUUGAACGGUCAGUACUUCAUAAGCGGAGGUGGGCUCAGAUCCAGGUUUAAAGUGGGCAGAAUCACGUUCCAUUGGGGCCGAUGUAACACCACUUCAGACGGAUCUGAACACAGUCUCAACGGAAACCGUUUCCCCCUGGAGAUGCAGAUCUAUUGCUUUAAUGACGAGGAGUUUGAAUCCAUCGACGAGGCGAUAAGUAGCAGUGGAAAGAUUACUGCUGUGGCUGUUCUGUUCGAGGCCAGUAUUGAAGACAACCAGGACUAUGUGGCCAUCAUUGAAGGAGUGAACAGCGUGAGCCGAUUUGGUAAAAGCAACCCUCUGGAAGCAUUUUCUCUGAUGGCUCUGCUUCCACAGUCCACUGAAAAAUACUUCAUGUACAAUGGCUCACUCACCGCGCCGCCCUGCUCCGAAAACGUGGAGUGGAUUGUGUUUAAAAACAUAGUGGCCAUCUCAGAGGCACAGCUGGAGGUGUUCUGUGAGGUGAUGACCAUACAGCAGGCCGGAUACGUCAUGUUAACCGACUACCUGCAGAAUAACUACAGAGAACAACAGCCGCAGUUCAUGGGACAAGUGUUCUCGUCCUACACGGGCACAGAGGAAGUUCCUGCACCCAUGUGCAGCUCUGAGCCGCAGAACCUGCAGGCCGACUCUCAGAACUACACGGGGAUCGUGGUGACGUGGGAACGGCCGCGGGCCGUCUAUGACACCACCAUUGAGCGCUACUCCAUCACCUACCAGAGACUGCAGGGCAAAGACCCGCCAAAACAACAGUAUCUCACAGACGGAGACCAGGAUGUGGGAGCCAUUAUCCAUCAUUUGCUGGCCAACAGUAGCUAUGUUGUCCAGGUGGUGGCGCUGUGCACCAAUGGCUUGACUGGAAAAAUGAGUGACCAGGUGAUUGUGGACAUGCCUCUAGAAGACCCGGUAAAUGAGCCUGAUCCCUUUGGAGAUUUAACAGAACCAGAGGAAUAUAAUGAGGAAACAACAUCACCUGCUUCCAGCUCUCCGCCCGGACGAAUUCUCAUCCGGGAAUCUGCAGCGACGGACCAACCGGGCUUCCUGUUCCCCGCUGUCAAGACAACCUCGAUUACAGUUCAACGAAAAAUGACCAAGGAGUCUUCACUGUCGUGGUCACCUGACCACUACAAGAACAGAAAUGAGACCAAACGUCCACUGAACAGACUCCUUCCAGAGGAGAGCGGCCACCUUGCUCAGGACCAAGAAAUAUCAAAACUGACAGCCAAAACUUUAAAAACCACGACUAAACCUGCAGUGAACACAACCUCAAUAGCUGACACUAGCACUGUCGCCACUGGAUCAGCGGUUUCAGCAUCUAUGAAGAUCAUUUCUCAGAGCACUCAGCCCUUGUUUAAUGAGGAGAGUAACAGCAGUCCAGAGUCUCGUGUCGGGAUGGUGGGAGGUACAGAGAAGGAGAAGAGGACGGUUGUUCCUCUGGCUGUGGUUUCCACGCUCACUGUCCUGUGUCUGCUGGUGCUGGUGGGGAUUCUCAUCUACUGGAGAAGGUGCUUUCAAACGUCACAGUUUUAUGUAGAGGACAACAUUUCAACCCGAGCCAUAUCUGCCCCGUCAACCCCUUUUCUUCUGCCUUCAGAGGACAAUGAAGCUCUCCCAGUAAAGGAAUUUGUGAAACACGUUGCUGAUCUUCAUGCAAAUCACACGUUCUCCAAAAAAUUUGAGAUCUUGAAAGAGUCUUACGAGGAGAUUCAGAGCUGUACGGUGGACAUCGGCAGCACUACGGACAGCUCCAACCAUCCAGACAAUAAGAUCAAGAACAGAUACAUAAACAUCCUGGCCUAUGAUCACAGUCGAGUUAAACUCUCUGUAAACUCUGACAAAGAUGGAAAAGCAGGGGACUACAUUAAUGCCAACUAUGUGGAUGGCUACAAUCAGCCGAAAGCAUAUAUAGCCGCCCAGGGUCCGUUGAAGGGAAGUCUGGAAGACUUCUGGAGGAUGAUAUGGGAGCAGAACGUGGGUGUGAUUGUCAUGAUCACUAACCUGGUGGAGAAGGGUCGGAGAAAAUGUGAUCAGUAUUGGCCCUUGGAGAAUCAGGAAGACUAUGGAUCAUUCCUAGUCACACUGAAGAGCACCAAAACUCUUGCCUAUUACACGCAGAGGACAUUCAUCUUGAAGAACGUUAACGUCAAGAAGGGCUCACAGAAGGAUCGCAGUCAGGAGAGGACAGUGUUUCACUUUCAUUACACCCAGUGGCCCGACAUGGGUGUCCCAGAAUACACUCUGCCCCUGCUGUCGUUUGUGCGGGCGUCCUCGCAGCCCAGGACGGCUGAUCUGGGGCCUGUGGUGGUCCACUGCAGUGCCGGUGUGGGAAGAACAGGAACCUACAUUGUGAUCGACAGCAUGUUGAAGCAGAUAAAGGAGGAGAGUAAAGUGAACAUCAUGGGAUUCCUCAAACACAUUCGAACCCAGAGGAAUUACCUGGUGCAGACUGAGGAGCAGUACGUCUUCAUCCAUGAUGCUCUAGUGGAGGCCAUCAGGAGUAAAGAGACCCUGGUCUCCGCUAGUCACAUUCACACGCAUGUGUCUGAUCUCCUCACACCGGGACCUACAGGAAAGACCCGCCUGGAGAAACAGUUUAAGCUGGUCAGUCAGAGCUGUGCAAAACAAAGCGAUUACACGGUGGCUUUAGAGGAGUGCAACGCAUCUAAAAACAGGACAUCUUGUCUUGUGCCUGUGGAGAGGUCAAGGGUCAUUCUGUCUACAGGACCUGGAGAAGCAUCAGACUACAUCAAUGCCUCUUAUUUAAUGGGCUACCAUCAGACCCACGAGUUUAUCGUUACCCAGAAUCCUCUGCCAAACACCAUACAGGACUUUUGGAGGAUGAUCUGGGAUCACAACGCACAGAUCAUAGUUUCCCUGCCAGAUACACAGAGCGCGAGCAGAGACGGAGAGUGUGUGUACUGGCCCACUAAAGAUCAGCCAAUCAGCUGCGAGACCUUCACUGUGAUCUUCAGCGGUGAGGACAAACUGUGCCUGUCCAAUGAGGAAUCGCUUGUGGUACAGGACUUCAUUUUGGAGGCUCUAAAGGACGAUUAUGUACUGGAGGUCCGGCAGUACCAGAGCCCUCGCUGGCCGAACCCUGACAGCCCCAUCAGCAAUUGCUUUGAGCUCAUCAACAUCAUCAGAGAAGAGAGCUCACGCCGAGAGGGACCCGCCAUCAUCCUCGAUGGGUCUGGAGGGGCGAGUGCUGCUUUACUCUGUUCACUGACCAGCCUGGUCAACCAGCUAGAAGAGGAGAACAGUGUGAACGUUUAUCAGACCGCCAGAAUGAUGAACCUCAUGAGGCCGGGAGUCUUCAACGAUAUUGAUCACUAUCAGUUCCUCUAUAAAGCUAUCCUGAGUUUGGUGAGCACCAAGGAGGACGAGAGAGGUCUUCGCCAAUCGGAAAACAAUGGCACGGAUACCGCCAACCCGUUGGAAAUCCUGGAGUCGCUCAUGUAGAUAUACAGACCACCCUCACCCUUCACCCAAGGAAUGUACAUUGAAUCAAGAGAAAGUCGUUUUUAAAACCCUUAUAAAGUCUCUACACAGACUUCAUGGGUACAGGAUAUACCAUAAUCCGGUCUUUUAUUGUGCCUUUUCAUUACCUUUGUACUUUAAAAUGCUUAUAUAUAAUUUUUCUGUUGUAACUAAUGCCAAAAUUUCUACUCUUUGGAAAAGCAGUGAUUGCUGUAUUGCUGGUGAUGUCUUAGAUUUUAGUCAGACAUAAUUGUUGAAGAAAUAUUUAUAAGUAGCAGGGUAAAAUAUUUAAUAUGCUAUCUAUUGGGGUGGGGGUGGGGGGGUAAAAAUAUCUUUGAUAUAUAAUAGCAUUCUUGAAUGUAGCCUCAUAAGUGUGAUUCUAAUAUAUAAAACAAUCGGCCACACCAACAGACCAAAAUACAUUUCUAUGACUAGCUCUUCUUUUCUACUAUGUUAGUUAUUGCAGAAACUGAAUGUUUCUUUUUUUGUUAGUAAAGAAAUUUCUGAAUUAACUUAGUUGAUAUGUUGUAACAGACAUUUAUUUGUACAUUACUCAUUUGUAAUACGUACCGCAUCCUUCUAGAUUGAAAUCUGUCAUUUCAUUAGCAUUCAGUUAUAUAUCUCCAUGUUUAUCAACUUUUAUUUAAACUGUUUAAUUAUGUAGGCCUUUUGUCAAGCAUUAACUCAGAACGUACUUGGAGACAAGAAAGCAAGCACAGUAAAAAAUAAACAAAACCGGAUUUUCCACGCACAUCAUUUCUUCUACAUUCGUGAGUGUUUGUCAUUUCUAAACAUUGUACUUUCUUCCACUGAGCUUCCAAACUGCUAACCACAAAAUGAAAGUGGGUGAAAUGAAAUAUUUUGUGUAAAAGUGUUGCACUACGAUUUAUUUGAGAGACUACAUAUAAUUUUUAAAAUAAAAUAUUAAUGUCAG